UAGAUAAUCUAUAAAUUUUGACUUUAUUAAACUUUAUCUAUACUUUAUUUAAAUUUAACUUUAUCUAUUUUUUUAUCCGAAUCAAUUAGAAAUUUUUCUAUUUAAUUUCGUGUUCAUUUCUUGUUAGUUUAAUGUUUUGAUUGUGUCGUACGAUUCAAUCUCUUUAUUUAUUCUCUUUGAUUUAUUUUGAUUUUUGAUUCCGAUUCUAUCUACAUAACCUAAUUAUUUGUAUUUGGGUUGCUAACUCAAUGGUAGAGUACUCGGCUUUUAAGUGCGGCUAACAGCUUUUACACAUUUGUACGAAGAAAGGGAUUCGUCCAUACCAUCGGUAUUAUUUGUAAGACCACGACUGAUCCUGAAAGGAAUGAAUGGAAAAAACAGCAUGUCGUAUCAAUGGAGAAUUCUGAGAAUAUUUGAUUCUUACCGGAUCGGCUCCAAACAAACCUUGUUUGAAUUCUUGGUGCGUAACAUAAAAACAAAUGAAUUCAAAUUCAAAGUUGGGGUUGGCUCGAGUUAAUAAAUGGACAGAGCUCCACGGCUCCAAUUAUAGGGAAAUAAAAAAGCAACGAGCUCCCGUUCUUAAUUUGAAUGAUUUUCCGAUCUAAUUAGACAUUAAAAAUAGAUUAGUGCCUAGUGCGGGAAAAGCUUUUUCUUGAGUGGAUUUUCGAUUUUUUUAAUGAGUCCUAACUAUUAGCUAUUCUCCACUAUGAAGGGGAGUUGAAUGUGUAGUAGAAAAAGUAUAUUGAUAAAGCAAUUUUUUUUUCCAAAAUCAAAAAAGAGUGAUUGACUUGAAAAAGUAAAGGAUUUCUAGUCACCUAUUACCCUAUAAAUGAACAUAAACCAAUUAGAAAUGAACAUAAACCAAUUAGAUGGAAAAAAGAGAGGAUAGAGGGUCCGUUGGUGAGUUUAACUAUUUCCGAGGUAUCUAUUCUUUUUAUAUUAUACUAUUUUUUUUAUGGUAUCGCACUAUGUAUCAUUUAAUAACCCAAUAAACUCCCUAUCUUUGCUUCAAUCAAAUCGAAUUAAAAAUGAAAAUAGAGAAAUCUCAAAGAAAUUUAGAAAUAGAUAGAUCUCGAAAAAAUGACUUCCUAUACCCACUUAUCUUUCGGGAGUAUAUUUAUACAUUUGCUCAUGAUCGUGACUUAAAUAGAUCUAUUUUGUUAGAAAAUGUAGGUUAUGACAAUAAAUAUAGUUUACUAAUCGUAAAACGUUUAAUUACUCGAAUGUAUCAACAGAAUCAUUUGAUUAUUUCUGCUAAUGAUUCUAACCAAAAUACAUUAUUUAGGUAUAACAAAAAUUUGUAUUUUCAAAUGAUAUCGGAGGGGUUUGCAGUUAUUGUGGAAAUUCCAUUUUCCUUACGGUUAGUAUCCUCUUUAGAAAGAUCAGAAAUAGUAAAAUCUCAUAAUUUACGAUCAAUUCAUUCAAUAUUUCCUUUUUUAGAAGGCAAAUUCCCACAUUUAAAUUAUCUGUCAGAGGGACUAAUACCGUACCCCAUCCAUCUAGAAAAAUUGGUUCAAAUCCUUCGCUAUUGGGUGAAAGAUCCCUCCUCUUUGCAUUUAUUACGACUCUUUCUUCACGAGUAUUGGAAUUUGAACAGUCUUAUUAUUCCAAAGAAAUCUAUUUCCUUUUUUGUAAAAAAGAAUCAAAGAUUCUUCUUGUUCUUAUAUAAUUCUCAUGUAUAUGAAUACGAGUCCGUUUUCUUUUUUCUUUGUAAGCAAUCCUUUCAUUUCCGAUUAACAUUUUAUCAGGUCUUUCUUGAGCGAAUAUAUUUCUAUGGAAAAAUAGAACAUUUUGUAGAAGUCUUUACUAAGGAUUGGGGGGGCAGCCUAUGCUUGCUCAAGGAUCCUUUCAUACAUUAUAUUUCGAAUAGCUGUCAACUCCAAAUAUUUAAUAUCUUUCUCUUUGAAUGA